UGUGGUUUUUGCCAAGUCAAUCGAGUGAGUCCCUCGGCUCCCCACAGUUUUGUUUCACUGCACGGUGAAGGCAGAACUUUGCUGGGAACUCUGGAGUGGGGUCAUCAUGGAACUGCUCCUAGUGGGUACCCUCUUGGUGUUUCUGGGGGUCUCCGGGUCAGCUUCUGCUCCUGCCGAGGGUUCCCUGGCCCCCCGCGAUGCAGCCAGGGUUGUGGUGGAAACGUACAACCAGGAAACGGAAACGCAGGCCAUCUUCAAGCUGCUGAAAUUCAGGAGCACCCGCAAAACGAGGUUUGACUGGGGCGUCCACUUCAGCAUGAACUUCACCAUCAAAGAGACCGGCUGCCAGAAAACAGUGUCCAGUUACAAGCCUGCAGAAUGCAAGUACAAGCCCAGUGGGGUAGUAAAGGAAUGUUCAGCCGAGGUUUCCUUCCUUAACUUCAUGCAAGAUACACCUCUGACUUCUAUCCAGUGCAACCCCUUGCAGCGGACCAGUGGCGGGAAGUCCAGCUCCCCCGCCAGGCCCCAGGCGGCGCCCGCUGUGCCCAGAAUACAUGUGGAACAUUACAUGCCAUCUGCUUAUAUCACUGCAGCGCAGAUGAAAAUGGAAGUCGAGUGAGGGCAACGC